AUGCCACCAUCGACUUGGUUGGUCAUCGGCGCGUCAAGAGGCAUAGGCCUCGAAUUUGUGCGUCAAUUGCUUGAACAGGGCAACCAGGUGAUUGCAGCAGUGCGAAAUGUUCAGACAGCCAACCAGAUUUGGCAGUUGUCUGCGCACACAACGAGGCCCGCUGCCUGUUUGAUUGAGCAAUGCGAUGUCACGAAUGAAGCCAGCAUUGAUAGUUUUGUGAGUCGAAUGGCAGGACUUGUGUCUAAGGGGAUGAGGAUUGAAAACCUUGUGUUGAACGCUGGUGUCCUGAAAUACCCCAAUAGGGCCACUGAAAUAUCAUUUAGCGACUUUGCACUCCACCUGCACACCAACACGAUCGGACCCAUAAUCAUCGCCCAGAAGAUGCUCCAGAUCAGCAGUGCGGCUCCUCCUUCCAAGGUGAUCUUUAUCUCCUCCGACUCAGGAUCGACAGCGCUGUUCCGAGAUCAUGAAGAUGGGUUUGGUGCAUACGCAGCAAGCAAGGCUGCGUUAAACCAAAUGCUAAGACAUAUGGCCGCCGAACUGAAGAGAAAAGGGGAGAAGUGGCAGGAUGUGUGCGUAUUAGCGAUGCAUCCUGGGGAAGUACAGACGGACAUGGCGAACAUUGACCUCGACUGGGAGGUGGAAGGCAUCAUCAGCCCCAGCGAAAGUGUGACGAAGAUGUUGAUGGUGAUUGGGGAAAAAGAUAGAAAUGAUUCUGGGACAUUUUGGUGUUGGAAUGGGAGAGAGCACCCUUGGUAA